AUGGCCUUCUCUGUUGAUUUAGCUUCAAAUCUACCGACUAAAGAUUAUAUCGUCGCAUUCGGACAUCUCAAAUUAAUAAGGAAUAAAAAUAACUACGGUAGAAAUAGAAAAAACCCAUACGACAUCAGAAGAAAAUGCAUGGCGGCUAAAGUUCAAAAAAACACAGUUUGCAAUGUUUCUAAAAGAAAUAAUGAAAGCAGCAACGGAGAAGACCAUAUCUCGGAAAACACGGCUGGAACGAGCAAUCAAACGAAUUCUGAAACAAGACUGGAACAUUCAGGUAACCAUGAAGAAUCAGGUGAAGAAUCAUACGUAAAUUUAAAACUGCUAAGUAAAUCAAACACCAUAGAAUUUCCCACCGAGGAACCUUCAACAUCAAUCAAGGCCGAACCAAACGAAAGUGUCAUUCAACAGAGGAAUGUACAACAAGUUCAACUUCUGAACAUAAAACCAGAUCUUUGUAAAGAGGUUAAUUCUCCACCAAAGUCCGUGGCCUCAGCGAGACCCAUACCCACUUUGGGACAGAUCUACCAACAAGAUCCCAAUGACGACACGACCACGUUUGGGGGCUGGUACCUAGAAUCUUUAGGUGAAUAUAGCAACUUAUUUGAACAGUCUGUCGAAACAACUUCAACAUCUACUGACUGCACUACGACAACUUGCAAUGGCCUCAAUAACUACGGAAACAAUCAACAAUUUAGCAAUAUGAAUUCUAAUAACGUGACUAACGUGUCUUUAAUGACAAAUACUUCACCGACAAAAGUAUUUAAAACAACGAAUGAAAAUGUUAGUGAAUGGCUCAGUGCAGAACUAGACCAUCCCACGAGAGAUAACGAAUUUGAUAAUAAUCGCCUAAGCGUUCCAACUUUAUGUUACAAUCCAAAUACAGAUAGUAAUAACAGGCUCGACAAUAAGAACAGUAAUCACCAGAACGACCUCAGAGAACAAAACUCAAGUAAUGGCAUAUCAAAAACGAAUAUUUCGGAGAAGAUCUUUGAAAGUUCUCACAUAUCUUUGAGCGCACAACCUACAAUUAUUCUAAAAACGAAUGAAGCAUCUGAUGACUCAGAGCCCGUUUUCGUUUUACCUAAAACAAAUACUGAUUUCAAAGAGAAAGAUUACUACCCAGAUUUCCAUAAGCCUUUAAUGUUUCAUUCAACUCCUGUCACUCCGAAAAGAAGAGAACCCAUCACCAAGAGCAGGACUGCCUCCUACGUGGAGUAUCCUUCUGAAGUUCUUCAGAAAACUACAAAUUUUGAAUCUGACGGUGGCGACAAUUUGAGCAGUAUUGUUGAAACAGAUCACGGUCUGUCGAGCUCAUGGAUGUUCAAUCGCUAUACUGAUAGUUCUACACUGAGUGGUGUCACCUGGUCCAAACUGCAAAUAUCACAGGAUACUCUCAAAGAGUCGUUCAAAAACAGCAGGUUGUGGAAAUCAGAUACUUUCGACGAAAAGCGGAAGACAGGAGACUCAGAAAAGAACAGUAAUCAUGAUUACUUACACCACUACUGCUGGAAGAAGGAGAUCGCGAGAAAAGAGACAAACGAUCAGACUGUAAGAAACUACAGAGAAAGAUGCAAUAAAUGUCAUAAGUAUAGACAGCCACCGAAGAAAAAAGGACCUUUUAGAUAUCUUCGAAAACGAAUGGCAAUGGGCAUCUGCAGGCAUCGACUGAACCGAGUUUGGAAGAAAACAGCCGCGAAAUGGGCACACUGGUCCAAAUCGCCUUCCAAAUUUAGAAGAUUGGGGAUGAUGAACUAUCUACAGAAAUCCAUUAUAUGGGACAACGCGAACGUACAGACAACGAUAUUCGUUUAUCACGAGACUGGGACGGAUGCGGUGGCGAGAGAACAGAAGUCUGCAGAGAUCACGGCUUCUAUCAAACUCAAAUCGUGUUCCUCAUAUAAAAAUGGGUCGUCGAAGUUGUUUCUGUCACCGAAUAAACACGAUAAUGUUGGUUCAUCUAUUUUCCCCUUCCUACAAUAUUCUUCUAACAACGCGGUCGUUUUCGGGAGGUAUCCAUCAAAAUCUUCGUUCCGGGAGGCGCUCGGUGGGACCGUUAAAGAAAUCAGAAGUAUUAACACGCAGUGCUCUCAAUCACUUGAAAAAGAUAAAUUAUCACAACAAUUGAUACAGAAUUCACGUUUGAAACAAGCGGCGUCUCAAGACGCAUACACGCAGGUGUUCAUCACGUGCAAUAACGCAGAUACAAACAUAGUAUUCAAUCCAAUGAACCAGAGACGCAGUUCAGCUUACAGUCAAGGUUUUCCCUGUAACGGAGUAGAUACAGCCACCGACGCCAUAAUUCCUGACAAAACAUCCCAACACUCUAUAAACGUGAUGACCUCGACCGCCGUACUGCAAAGGUUGACUCACAAUGAGACGCAGGUGUCCCCGGCUGAAUCCAUGUGGAAAGUUUCAACAGGAAUACUGGUCCAAGAGUUGUACCGAGACGCCAAGUCUAGUGUGGUCACGGACACAUCAGUGCCACGAAGGAAUCUCGACGCCACGUUGGUAACGGCUGAUGGAAAGGUGUUAACCUGUACCGGUACUAAAAUAACAUCGGUGUCGUCGGCCGACAUACAAGCACCGUCCAUUUUAUCUCGUACGUCGAGACAAUACGCUGUGAACACAGCUACGUCAAGAGUUGUGAAUCAAGAUCGCUCGACCGCGCCGUCUCUACACAGAUGUGAUGCUAAAGAUGUUUCUUUAGAAACUGAGAAUAUCCAAGCUAAGAAAAGCGAAAAAGCGACGUCGCAAAUGAUUCUCACACGGUAUUCAGAUAUUGGUUUAUCUGCCAGUAACAUCGUUAAGCACAACUCAAUCAACUGUGGUUCUCAUCAGCUGACACAUAGUUUUGGUGCAGAGACCCAGCCUCAAUGUUACUCCGUGAUCACCAAUACUGAUGAGGAGCCGAAGAAACCGAGUGUUCAAGACGUGGAUGUUAGCAGCUGUUCCUGUUGUGUGACGAAUGAAGACAGCACACAAUACAGUAGUUACAUUAAAAACGGGUCAUUGGGCGGAGGCGGGUGUCAGAUAGGACGCAGUCGUCUGAUAUCCGUGCGAGCUCUGUUUCCUGAGGCCACCGACGACGGCGCACAAGCACAGCCCAGUAGAUGUAGCGCAGAAACCAAAACCUUAUCUAACAAGAAGAUCUCGGCGUCUAUGUUUACAUCACAAUUGGGCUUAGAGCAACGCUAUCAUCCUUACGAAGCCACCUCGGAUGAAGGAAAAUCUUCAGCAUUAAAAGAAACGAAAAUCUCAUCAAGGGAUAAUAAAAUAGUGUCCUCUAAUAAAGCAACCGGCCCAGGUUCUCAGAAGCCAAGCAAACAAAGUAAUAGAUCGGCUUGUGUAAACACAAAUUCGAAAAUGAACACCAAAAAAUCCAGCAAAAUCACAAACAGCCUCGACAAUAGCAAAUGGAUUAAGGAAUCAGUGGAGAAACAUACGGGAAAAUCUUCUCUGAUACAAGCGUCAGACAUAGAAACAAUAGUGAAGGUCAGCGAGGUGGCGGUGAGGCAGUCGCUGCAACGAGCAUCAGACAUCGCCAACUCCGCUCACAGAACGUGUUCCAAACAAAUACACAAGCUGUCCAAAGUUCUUUUGAACUCUGAUGUCAACUGCGUUACAACCAAGACAUAUGAAAUUUCAAAUAAGAGCGUGACAACAACCGGAUCAGGGAGGAAGGCGAUAGCGGAGACUGAAAAGAAACCUUGCAAACUAUUGACCAUGGACAAGAUUACUUCAGGUAAUGAAGUUGUAGUCAGGGAAACUAAGGCGUCGGUACUUCAAGCGCAAACCAACGUCCGUGAUGCAGCGACUGACUGCCUGUGCGCGAGGAGGUCGGCGACCGCGCUGACGUCGCGCCACGUCCUGCCGAAGAAAACACUCUGUGUCGCGGGCGGUGAGAGUAACCCAGAGUGUCUCUUCGUGUACGAUCGUCCGAGGUGUGUUGUUCAUAACGCCAGCGUGGACGUCGCUGUCCAGAUUCAAACACAAAAAGAAAUAGUCCGUCCGAAGAGAUCACAUUCGCAACAUUCUAUAGCUGUGGAGGCCAUGUUACCCUGUCAGGUGUGCUGCUAUCGUCGCCAUGGGGUCGCGGGGGAGGCUCUGACACCCAAAGAGUACAAGUCACUGUACGAAGCGACCAGACUUAUGAUGAAGGAGGGUUGCGACUCCAGGAGCUCGAAGACUAGCAGCAACUCGUCCAGCUUUGAUAAAACAGUAAAGUAUGAAGAGGCCAUGAAGAUGAGAUCUCAGAUGACGUCAUGCCUCGACCAUCUGCCGACCCAGUGUUGUUGCAUGAGGUGCACGCAGAUAGCCCACACCGACAACCGCUCCAUUCAGGCCGUGGAAGACUCGUUCCUUAUUUGCCCAAAGUGUCACAUUAAAAUUACAGAUUUACCAAAGGACGCGCCAGAAUGCAUCGAAGAUUACGUGAGAGCUAGCUUAGGGACCUCGUGUCGCUAUUACAGCAAUCUACUAGCUAUGAAGCUGGGACGAGUUAGAGAUAAUUUCAUAAAGCACCUAGCGCCAUCUGUUGUCGACUCGAUCUAUCCUCUGACGGUGCCCGAAUACUACACCGAGGCGUGCACAAUGAAGCCGAGCGGGAGGAUGGACGAGAAUUGCCAAGUGAAAAUCCCGGUGACACAAAUGAAGAGUAUACGCAACAUGAUGACCACUCUCACCAGCUCGUGUGUACUGACCCCGACUGUCAGCGACACGGACCUCACCGCGCACGACAAGCGAGAUCUGAGAGCCGUCUACUACAUACUGAGCGGCAUAGAGGGCAGGAUCAGGCGCCUCAAGAACAACCUGCACGACUAGUUCGCGGCGCUCAUAAUAGAUGGCGCUGUUUAGAAAAAUUUGAUCGUCAAAUUCGUAGUUCUAUGAAGCUGUUCUUUUUUUAAAUAUUUGUGACGCGUCAAUUUAUAAAAUGUCCAAUGAAAUAAAAACCAUAAUUAUAU